GCAAGCCUUACAUUGCAUAACUAGAAAAGGUACAAAGAGUUAAUUUUGGAUGUGAAGGCAGUAGCUGUAAUGGUGUCCGAGGUUCUUCUGUGUUGCUUCUCUAAAAUGGCUUCAGUUGUCUCAUUUCCUGUCUGAACAGGAAGUGAUGGCACAUACAAAAAUGUAAUCUUUUUAUAAAAAAGUACCCCCUAGAUAAGCGUAUGUAUGGUUUGGAGGACUUGCAUGAUAUCCCUAAAGUUAAUAGUAGCUUGGGUUGUGGGAUGUGUUUUGGUAAAUAUAAAUUUUAGUGUAUAAAACGAAAGGGGUGGGUCUUUGGUACAUCACCUGAGUCCUGGGCUAAAUGGAAAGAACGUCAAUCAAAGGCAGGGCUCUCAGAGCUGGGAAGGAGCUCUAGAUGGCGGCUGAGCCUUGGAGAGGGGAGCGCGUUGAGAUUAGCGCGGCUAGCAGUAGCACUUCUCUACAACUUUUAACAACUUUGGGCAUGCCAGUGAAGCCAAUGGAAGCAAAUAUAGACUAGGUACGAUAUCUUCUUUUGAAAACUAUUCGUAUUGUUAUGUUUUAAGCCUCUGUGUUUGAGCGAGAGGAGCAGUGCUGUGACGGCUGUGCGAGUCGUUGUUUCCUCUGCCUAGCAGGGCAGCCAUGGCGCACCUCCAUUUUUAGUGCGCUCGCUGGUGCUCCUCCGACUAGCCGCUUCUUUCUUCCUUCUCCACAGCGAUAUCGCUGAACAAAUAAACAUUUUUAAUUAAAUUAAUUUGGUAUUAAGCGUUUUAUUAAACGACAUUUUCUUUCGAAAUCGCGAAAACGGAACAAAUAGCCGUUUGGUAGACUAGAAAGCAGCAGAUUGAUUCUACCUGAGUGUGUACAUGGAUGGAUCUAGUUAAUACCCGAACUUAAGAUCAUCAAAAAACAAACGUUUUCAAGAUUAAGCCAUGAUGAAGAAUAAGAACAAAAAGCAGGACGAUGACGGGUCGACCCAAAGCAAUGUGUCAAGCAAUUCAGCUUCAGAGGAUUCCAACCAUUCGGCUUCAGAGUCGGGGAGUCAGUCCGACAGUGAGCAGGGCAGCGAGCAGGGGAGGUCUCGCCGCUCAGAGUCCAACACCACAUCGGAAUCAGAGAGCCGCUCGGAGUCAGAGAGCGAGUCAGCCGAGUCCAAGUCCAAGCAAGCCUCCGUCGAGGUCAAGGACAAACCUGUCCGAAAGAAGGAUAAGCUCGCGGAUGUUAAGAAGAUGUGGGAAGAACAUCCAGAUGUGUAUGGUGUCAGAAGAUCCAACCGGAGCAGACAAGAACCUGUUCGUCUUAAUAUUGGAGCCGAGGGCAGCAGUGAAUCUGAAAGUGAAAGUCCCAAAAGGAAAGUGCCGAGACAGAAGAAGAAAGAAAAUAACUGGAAAGAUGAUGACUCAGUUGACGAAGAAGAUGAUGAGGAAGAUUCCAGCAGUGCAGACAGUGAGCAGGAUGCAAAAAAAGUUAGAUCCAGACGACUCCCUGCAAGAAGGCCUCAGACCAAACUUACUACGGUAAAAAAACAAGAGUCUCAGAAAAACAAGAAAAUGAGAAAACAGGAAUCAUCGGACGACGAGGACGACGACGACGAUGAAGAUGACGAUGAGGACACUCCAAAGAGACAAACACGUCGACGGGCAGCUACAAAAGUCAGUUAUAAGGAGGACCAGAAUGACUUUGAGACAGACUCUGAUGACCUGAUUGAGAUGGCUGGGGAAGGCGCAGAGGAGCAACAGGAUGAUGACAGUGAGACCAUUGAGAAAGUAAUGGACACCAGAACAGGCAAAAAAGGAGCCACUGGAGCUUCCACAACAGUGUAUGCUAUAGAAGCUAACGGAGACCCAGGGGCAGACUUUGACCCUGGACGAGACGAAGGGGAGACACAGUACCUCAUCAAGUGGAAGGGCUGGUCCUAUAUCCACAACACAUGGGAGAGCAUGGACUCCCUGACCCAGCAGAAGGUCAAGGGGCUGAAGAAGCUGGAAAACUUCAAGAAAAAGAAUGAAGAGCUGAGUUAUUGGUUGGCUAAAGCAUCCCCCGAGGAUCUUGAAUAUUACAACUGCCAACAGGAGCUGACUGCAGACCUCAAUAAGCAGUUCCAAAUUGUUGAGCGAGUCAUAGCAACCAGAACAGGGAAGUCACAGGGACCCUCCGAUUUUCCUUCACACAGCCAUAAAACAGCUUCCUCUUCAAAUGAGCCAGAAUACCUGUGCAAGUGGAUGGGGCUUCCGUAUGCAGAGUGCAGCUGGGAGGAUGGUGCCCUUAUUGGGAAAAAAUUUCAGCAUUGCAUUGACAGCUUCAAUAACCGUAACACCUGCAAAACCAUCCCUUUCAAAGACUGCAAAGUAUUGAAGCAGAGGCCCCGGUUUGUUGCGCUCAAGAAGCAGCCGUCAUACAUUGGAGGAGAGAACCUUGAGCUCAGAGACUAUCAGCUCGAUGGGCUCAACUGGCUGGCCCAUUCCUGGUGCAGAUGCAACAGUGUGAUCCUGGCUGAUGAGAUGGGCCUAGGGAAGACCAUCCAGACCAUAUCCUUCCUCUCCUACCUUUUCCACCAGCAUCAGUUGUAUGGGCCAUUCUUGUUGGUGGUGCCGCUCUCUACGCUCACCUCCUGGCAGCGCGAGUUCAACACUUGGGCUCCAGACAUGAAUGUCGUGGUCUAUCUGGGGGACGUCAUGAGCAGGAAGACGAUCCGUGACUAUGAGUGGGUGCACCAGCAGACAAAGAGGAUAAAGUUCAAUGCACUUUUGACCACAUAUGAAAUUCUCCUGAAGGACAAGGGUGUUUUAGGGAAUAUAAACUGGGCAUUUCUAGGGGUGGAUGAAGCUCACAGGCUCAAGAAUGAUGAUUCGCUGCUGUACAAAACCCUGAUUGACUUCAGGUCUAACCACAGACUGCUGAUCACUGGGACACCACUGCAGAAUUCACUCAAGGAGCUCUGGUCACUCUUGCACUUUCUUAUGCCUGACAAAUUUGAGUCCUGGGAAGAUUUUGAAGAUGUACAUGGCAAAGGGAGAGAUAAUGGCUAUCAAAGCCUCCACAAAGUUCUUGAGCCUUUCCUACUGAGGCGAGUAAAGAAGGAUGUGGAGAAGUCUUUACCUGCCAAAGUUGAGCAGAUCCUACGCGUGGACAUGACUGCUCAGCAGAAGCAGUUCUACAAGUGGAUUCUGACCAGGAACUACAAAGCCCUCUCCAAAGGCACAAGGGGUAGCUCUUCUGGUUUCCUCAACAUUGUCAUGGAGCUGAAGAAGUGCUGUAACCAUGGCUUCCUCAUCAAGCAGCCUGACGACAGCGAGAACCUCAGCCAGUAUGAACAUCUGCAGUCUUUAGUGCGGGGUAGUGGCAAGUUGGUGCUCCUGGACAAGCUGCUGACCAGGCUGCAUGAACGGGGGAACCGCGUCCUCAUUUUUUCCCAGAUGGUGCGAAUGCUGGACAUUUUGGCAGAAUAUCUGGCGCUGAAGCGAUACCCAUUCCAGCGGUUGGACGGCUCAAUAAAAGGAGAGAUCAGAAAACAAGCCCUCGACCACUUCAAUGCCGAGGGAUCUGAGGACUUCUGUUUCCUACUGUCCACACGAGCUGGGGGCCUGGGCAUCAACCUGGCAUCUGCUGAUACAGUGGUUAUCUUUGACUCCGACUGGAAUCCCCAGAACGACUUGCAGGCACAGGCCAGGGCCCACAGGAUAGGCCAGAAAAAGCAGGUGAAUAUUUAUCGUCUGGUCACAAAGGGAACCGUUGAGGAGGACAUCAUUGAAAGAGCCAAGAAGAAGAUGGUGUUGGACCAUCUCGUCAUUCAGAGAAUGGACACCACAGGACGUACCGUGCUGGAUAACAGCUCAGGAAAUUCAAACUCAAACCCAUUUAACAAGGAGGAGCUCACUGCUAUCUUGAAAUUUGGAGCAGAAGAUCUUUUCAAAGAGCCAGAAGGAGAAGAGUCUGAACCACAGGAGAUGGACAUUGAUGAGAUCCUGCGGCUGGCUGAAACCAGAGAGAGUGACCAGGGUUCAAGUGCCACAGAUGAGCUUCUCUCUCAAUUUAAGGUGGCCAACUUUUCCACCAUGGAGGAGAAUAUGCCCGAGCUUGAAGACAAGAAUUUGCGUGACUGGGAUGACAUAAUCCCAGAGGACCAACGCCGGAAAGUUGAGGAAGAGCAGAAGCAGAAGGAGAUGGAAGAUAUCUACAUGCUUCCUCGAAGCAGGAGCUCUAACAAGAAGGCCCAAGCCAAUGAUAGCGACAGUGACGUUGGCUCCAAAUUGAAGCACAGGUCUUCUGGAUCAGAGAGUGAAACUGAUGACAGCGAGGAUGACAAAAAGCCAAAAAGAAGAGGAAGGCCACGAGCUCGCAAGAACAAUGUGGAGGGGUUUACCGACACCGAGAUCCGCAGGUUCAUCAAAGCCUACAAGAAAUUUGGAGCGCCUCUGGAAAGGUUGGAGGCCAUCGCACGGGAUGCGGAACUGGUGGACAAAUCCAUUGCUGACCUGAGGAGGCUGGGGGAACUGGUGCACAGCAGCUGUGUGACUGCGGUUCAGGAGCAUGAAGAGCACCUGAAGGAAAACCCAAAUGAAGCAAAAGGUCCGGGAAAACGCAGAGGGAUCAACAUUAAGAUUUCAGGGGUGCAGGUCAAUGCCAAGUCCAUCGUUCAGCACGAAGAAGAAUUUGAACCUCUUCAUAAAGCUAUACCCUCCAACCCUGCAGAACGUCACAAGUUUCAGCUGACGUGUCGCGUAAAGGCGCCCCACUUUGAUGUGGAUUGGGAUGUAGCUGACGACACACAACUCCUGCUGGGGGUGUAUGAACACGGCUAUGGAAAUUGGGAUCUAAUCAAAACUGACCCAGACCUCAAGCUGUCCAGCAAGAUUCUUCCAGAUGAUCCAGACAAGAAGCCACAAGGAAAGCAGCUGCAGACGAGAACAGACUAUCUCCUCAAAAUGCUGAAAAAGGAACUUGAAAGCAAAGAUGUCCCUAAGCAAGGAGAUGAGUCCCAAGCAAAAAAGAGGAAGCCUCGCAUAAAGAAGGAGGCAAAGACGUCCAAAGAAGACCAUGGUUUUGAUGUUUCCUCUCCUCGACUCUCUGACAACCCCUCAGAAGAGGGCGAAGUCAAGGAUGAUGGAACUGAGAAGUCACCCACAAAGAAAAAACAGAAAAAGAAGGACAACAAGGAGAAUAAAGAAAAACAGGGAUCUCCCAAGAAGGAGAAGGACAGUGAAAAAGACAAAAAGCGCUCCAAACAGAAGAAAGAAAAGGCCAAAGCAGGCGCUAAAGGUAAGCCCCCCCAGGGACCAGUGCACAUCACGGCAGGCAGUGAACCAGUGCCCAUCGGGGAGGAUGAUGACGAGCUGGACCAGGAGACUUUCAGUAUCUGUAAGGAGCGCAUGCGGCCUGUGAAGAAGGCCCUGAAGCAGCUGGACAAGCCUGAUGAAGGCCUCUCCGUGCAGGAGCAGCUCCAACAUACACGCAGCUGCCUCCUCAAGAUCGGGGACCGCAUAACGGAAUGUCUCAAGGCCUACAAUGACGCGGAGCAUGCCAUGGCGUGGCGCAGGAACUUGUGGAUCUUUGUGUCCAAGUUCACGGAGUUUGGUGCAAAGAAGCUGUACAAGCUGUACAAAAUGGCUCAGAAGAAGAGGUCACAAGAAGAAGAGAAGGAACAGAAGAAAAAGGAAGAUGUCCCAGGAAAGAAGAAGCCAUUCAGGCCAGAACCCUCAAGCUCUAGCCGGGACUCCACUUCUGCCCAACCCUCUCCAAAGCCCCACCCCACUCUAUCUCACCCACCACAGCUAUCUGCACACUCUCAUCACCGAGAGCCACCUUACAUGCAGCAAAGCAAGCGACACUUCCCCAGUGACGAGAGAGGGGACUGGCAGAGAGAUCGUAAGUACCCCUAUCCUGGCAACAGUAACCAGUCGUGGCAAGGUGAACGGCAUCAUCCAUAUGAGCAGCACCGUUACAAGGAUCACCAUUAUGGUGAUCGCCGGCUCCAUGGAGAUACAUACAGGAGCUCUGGCAGCUACCGCAAGCGGCCAUACGACCAGUAUGGGAAUGACCGUGAUCACCGGGGCCACCGCGACUACUAUGACAGGCAUCAGGACCCAAAGAGACGGCGCGUGGACGAAUUCCGUUCCCAAAACUAUCACCCUGGUGGCGGCCACCCACAGGACUACAGGAGAAUGGCGGAACACCGAACCCCAGGGAACCAUGGCCCGCUCCCUCCGGAACACUACCGGCCUUUCCAUCCUGAUAAGUGUGCAGACUACAAACCCCCGCCCCUCUUGGACCCCCGCUCACCACAAGCCCAGAAAUCUCCUCUGGAUUCCCGGUCACCGCAGGAGAGGACAGGAGAGCCAAAAAACAUUCCCGAUUUCAAUUGGAACAGCCGGAAGACAUGAGGUGUGCUCCACUCCGUGUGUCCAUCAUGCACUUGGGAGAGGGACCCUGGUGAUGACAUGCUGCUAUGGGAGGUCACUCCUGCUUCCUGGACGUGAGGUUCUUUCCCAAAUUCACGGACAAGCUGAAAAUGUAGAAAGCAAAUGACUCGUGCCGAUUACCAGCAACGACCGUACCUUUUUAUUUGUAUUUCUUCACCCAGACUGUGGUAUAAGAAUGGCAAAGGAAAUGUUUAAAAAAAAUCCUGUUGGGUAAAAAGUGUUUUUCAGAAGUACAACACCUGAAAUCUUAAUGUGAUUCUUAAUGAUUGUAGGAUCUAUCUGGUAUAUGUCUGCAAUUAAUUGGCUGAAUGCUAAAGCACGGUUAGUCCCAUGGACUUCGAAGCAGAAGAAUUAGAUAUUGCCUUCAAUAUUGGAUGGUCAUAGAUAUAUGGAAGUGCCUCAGAGCCUUGGCUUAUCUUUUGAAAAGUAUAAUAUGAGGGAAGUUUUCUCAAAGCAACGUUUUGGUUGUUUUUCUUUCCAAAAUAGUGCAAGGUCUGUCUUUCCUCGGAGACAUAUUACCCCUCCACACGUAAAAAUCUGCAACGUUGAGGUCUUACCAAUGUGAAUGGCACUUUAUUUUGGAGAAAUGUUGAACAGUAAUUGUUCAUUGUGUGAAGUUGUCAUUUCACAAAUGACGGAGGUGUGUGAUGUUUUUCAUGGGGUCAUUUUAUUAUUUGCAGAAUACAUGGACUGGGUAAAGACACAGCUCAUUGUGUGUUACCCUUUCCUCAUUCUUAUAACCUGUUAUUUGUACCUGAAGUAGGUGACUCCUCUCUGAAUGAAAACUCUUCAUUAUUCUGCUGAUAAAUUGAAGCUACUUCAAACAUAAGCUGUUCUACAAAUACCAAACACAACCCACAUGUUACCUGCGGAACUCAAAUGCAGUUUUACUCAGUAUUUCAAGUUAGGAAAGGCCUUGUAAAAUAGAACACUAAAAGUACUCUUAAGCUCUCCUGGGUGAUGUCCCUUUCCUCUUUAAAGGGUAAGCCAUUUCAACAUACUUUAUUUCCAGGGUAAGGAAUGGUAUUUCAGCAACUCCUCUUGCACUAAAAUUACAGUAUUGUUCAAUAGCAGAGAUUCUGUUUGACCCUUUGUAAGUAUUUUGUAACAUUACCACUGAACAGAAUGGAGAAAGUAUUCUGAAACCUUUUUGAAUACACAAUAAUUAUGCCUUUAAAUAAAUUAGACAACUGUGUGAAUGCCAGUGGAUUUGUUUAAAAGUCUUUGAGUAUUGUAGAACACAAGCUGUGGGUGAUCACAAGGGUUUUGGUGCCAUGAACACCGGCAGUCCUGUGAGGUCUGUAUGUUUGUGUGGAACUCAUGUGCUUUUCCAGCUGUGCCUUAUUCUUCUGUGUGUGUGUGUUUGUGUGUGUAUAAAUAUAUAUACACAUACAUACUUACACACACACUCAUACACACAUAUAUACAUAUAUCCUAUGGGGAACACCAGUGCUUUGUCCAAACGUAGCAGUGAUGGAGUAGUCCAAUGGCUGUGUCGUAGUGAAAGUGUUGGAAGUGUGGACAUCUUCUUGGAAAACAUGCAAAACACACAGAGCAACGGCGGAAAUGAGGUAGACCGGUAGUCCCACGUCUGAGUUGCACAGAUUCCAAAGAAUCGUGGGCAGAAGGUAUGUCAUUGCACAGAGAAGUCAGUGUACAACUUCCACACAAGAACAUGAUGAAUAUUUUCUGUGCAUUUCCAUGGAUUACUUGGAUGUGUAUUACUCUUUAAAGGAAAAAAUAAUUUAUAUUUGUGAUGAAGCCACUGCUCUAGUAAAAAGCAAUGUAAAUAUGUUGAUUAUGGGCAUACAUGUAUCACACUUUCCUGCAUUACAAAAAUUGUUUUCUUU